ACGUGUUUAAUUGUGAUUAGUGUAUUAAGUGAAAGCGUGAUAUCAAGAUAAUGUCGGGUGAUGAGGAAUCAACGCCACCGCCAUGCCGCACGGUAUUUUCAAGUUCACGGUAUCACUAUGGCUGCAAUGGGCGUGCACCACUUAACGUGACUUCAUUGCAGUGGCAUCGUCAACAAGUCGAUGUGGAAGAUAUGGUGCGUCGUCGUUUGUUGGCUUCGCCUUGCUAUAUUGACCGUUUGGAACAGGAGGCGGUGCUCACCGGACACGAUGGCUGUGUCAAUUGCAUGGAGUGGAGCAAUGAUGGACUACUGCUGGCUUCAGGCUCCGAUGACUACAAAGUUAUGAUAUGGGAUCCGUUUCGAAAGCGGCGCGUCCAUGUUGUGCACACAAAACACUUGGGCAACAUGUUCUCCGUUAAGUUUCUGCCACGCCACAACAACAGCAUUGUAGCAACUUGUGCUGCUGAUAAAUUUAUUUAUGUCUAUGACAUCAAUCACACAAAUGAGACGAUUUUUUCGUGCAGUUGUCAUACGAUGCGCGCCAAGCGUUUGGCUACCGCACCAGAUUCGCCGCAUGUCUUUUGGUCGGCUGGAGAGGAUGGCAAUAUAUUGCAGCUGGACAUGCGAGAGCCGCAUCGCUGUCGGAAUGAGGAUAGUCGCGUGCGUCUUAUCAGUUUGUGCACGCUUGUUGAGUCCAUUACUGAGGCGAAGUGCUUAGCCAUUAAUCCACGACGUACUGAAUACCUGGCUGUGGGUGCCAAUGAUCCCUAUGCUCGCGUGUAUGAUCGACGUAUGCUCCAUCUGAUGCCGGCAGUUGUACCAAACGAAUUCACCGGACCUGGCGAAACAUUGGCGACGGGUUGCGCAACUUACUUUGCACCUGGACAGAUUGUGAAAAAAAGCAGCUGGAAUGUGGACCAUGAUGGCCGUGCCAUUACCUACUUGACCUUCAACGAGAACGGCACUGAGUUGUUGGUCAACAUGGGAUGUGAGCAUGUUUAUCGGUAUGAUCUCAACAAUGCUGUGGAACCUAUAUUCUACUCGCUUCCUGCCUACACCCCGCCGCCAGCGCCACCAUCAUCAACCGGUGAGGAUUCUUCAGCAUCGUGCGAGUGCAAAGCACCAACCAAAAGCCACACUCUGCCGAUAGGCAUCGAGCAUCACAAGAAACUGGGUAACGAAUAUCUUGAACAUGGCAAGCUUUUGACUGCCAUUGAUGAGUAUUCCGCAGCUCUGGCUAAAUACCCAAAAGGUGAGGUGCUAUAUUUGAAUCGGGCGACGGCUCUGAUGCGUCGAGGUUGGUUUGGCGACAUCUAUGCAGCCCUACGCGAUUGUCACGAGGCACUGCGAUUAGAUCCGUCAUAUGUAAAGGCUCAUUUUAGACUAUCCCGUGCGCUUCUUGAACUGCAUCGCCCUCGAGAGGCGGACAAAUGUCUACAGGAACUAAUACAACGCUUUCCAAACUUUGCUAACAAUCAUGGCGUUCUCAUGCUACACAAGGAUAUUCGCGAAGGAGUGCGCCAUAAGACGCCCGAUCAACCAGCAGCAGGGGAGAAUGGUUUCGGGAUUCAACGCUUCUCUGAGGUCGAGUAUGAGCUUCGUUGCGCUUCCAGGGACUAUCGACAGAGGUAUGUCGGCCAUUGCAAUGUCACAACAGAUAUAAAGGAGGCCAACUAUUUGGGAGCACACGGCGAAUUCAUCGUAGCUGGCUCUGACGAUGGAAACUUUUUCAUCUGGGAAGGCGAGACUGCCAAGAUCCGUGCCGUCUAUCGUGCCGAUAGUGCCAUCGUCAAUUGUGUACAGCCCCAUCCAUCCAUUUGUAUGUUAGCCACCAGUGGCAUUGAUCAUGAUAUCAAAAUCUGGUCGCCAUGUGCAUCUUCCGAUUCAGAGCGCCCAAAUCUUGUAUCGGAUGUAGCACGCUCUGUCGAAGAGAAUCAAAAGAAGAUGCACACUGAUCCGUUUGAUUUGAAUACGCGUAAUACGUAUUGUUUUAAUAACUAGUGAACGACCACGACUAAAUAGCGUAAUAUGCCACAUAUAUACCAUAUAUAAACACAUAGAAAUAGAAAAAAUAUUUAAUUUCAAGCGUCUGUGUAUUAAUAAAUUCACAAAUAGCGCUGUACUCCUAGGCCACCAACAAUUUUAAAAUUAAAUAAUGUAUGUAAUACGCAGCGCAUUCAAAAAUUUGUGUGCUUGUUUUAUAAAACCAUCGAAUUGGGCAAUAUACAUAUAUCGAUAUUGAUUGAUACUAGU